GAGAGGGCGCUAGAGGUUGCCGGAGAGCGAACCCGCCAAGGAGGCGGGGAGGCGGUGGACGCACUAUCUUGCCUGCUAGCUCGCUUCCCGGCACCGCUGCGGGUCCGCGGCUGAGCUUCCUGCUUGCCAGCCUCUCCUUUGCGCGCCACCAGAGCAACCGCCCAUCGACUGGGUCCCAGCUCGGUUGGGUAGUCUUGCGCACCGCGGACACAGCGCGGAGGGCGAGCCAGCGCCACACCUGUGGAGCCGGCGGUGUCGGGGGUCCGGCCGUGGUCCCCUCGCGUGCGGACUGAGGGCCAGCUGGGCCCUGGGGGAGGCGCGCCCCCCGACUGGGCACCGCGGGCACCAUGGGACUCCCCGCGCUCGAAUUUAGCGACUGCUGCCUCGACAGCCCGCACUUCCGAGAGACUCUCAAGUCGCACGAAGCGGAGCUGGACAAGACUAAUAAAUUUAUCAAGGAGCUCAUCAAGGACGGGAAGUCACUCAUCACCGCACUCAAAAAUUUGUCUUCGGCCAAGAGGAAAUUUGCAGAUUCCUUAAAUGAAUUUAAAUUUCAGUGCAUAGGUGAUGCAGAAACAGAUGAUGAAAUGUGUAUAGCAAGGUCCUUGCAGGAGUUUGCCACUGUUCUCAGGAAUCUGGAAGACGAACGGAUACGGAUGAUUGAGAAUGCCAGUGAGGUGCUUAUCACUCCUUUGGAGAAGUUUCGCAAGGAGCAGAUUGGGGCUGCCAAGGAGGCCAAAAAGAAGUAUGACAAGGAAACAGAGAAGUAUUGCGGCAUCUUAGACAAGCACUUGAAUCUGUCUUCUAAAAAGAAAGAAGCUCAGCUUAUGGAGGCGGACAGCCAAGUGGACCAUGUCCGGCAGCGUUUCUAUGAAGUUUCCCUGGAGUAUGUCUUCAAGGUGCAGGAAGUGCAAGAGAGGAAGAUGUUUGAGUUUGUGGAGCCUCUACUGGCAUUUUUGCAAGGACUCUUCACUUUCUAUCACCAUGGUUAUGAACUGGCCAAGGACUUCGGUGACUUCAAGACACAGUUGACGAUUAGCAUACAGAAUACAAGAAAUCGCUUUGAAGGCACCAGGUCAGAAGUGGAAUCACUAAUGAAGAAGAUGAAGGAGAAUCCACUGGAGCACAAGACCAUCAGUCCCUACACUAUGGAAGGGUACCUGUACGUUCAGGAGAAACGUCACUUUGGAACUUCUUGGGUGAAGCACUACUGUACAUACCAGCGGGAUUCCAAACAAAUCACCAUGGUACCAUUUGACCAAAAGUCAGGAGGAAAGGUGGGAGAAGAUGAGUCAGUCACCCUGAAAUCUUGCACACGGCGGAAAACAGACUCUAUUGAGAAGAGGUUUUGCUUUGAUGUAGAAGCAGUAGACAGGCCAGGGGUUAUCACCAUGCAGGCGAUGUCAGAAGAGGACCGGAGGCUCUGGAUGGAAGCCAUGGAUGGCCGGGAACCUGUCUACAACUCGAACAAAGACAGUCAGAGUGAAGGGUCUGCACAGUUGGACAGCAUUGGCUUCAGCAUAAUCAGGAAAUGUAUCCAUGCUGUGGAAACCAGAGGGAUCAAUGAACAAGGGCUCUACCGAAUUGUGGGGGUCAAUUCCAGAGUGCAGAAGCUGCUGAGUGUCCUGAUGGACCCCAAAACAGCUUCUGAAACAGAAAUGGAUAUUUGUGCUGAAUGGGAGAUCAAGACCAUUACUAGUGCUUUGAAGACCUACCUGAGAAUGCUUCCAGGACCACUCAUGAUGUACCAGUUUCAAAGAAGUUUCAUCAAAGCAGCAAAGCUGGAGAACCAGGAAUCUCGGGUCUCUGAAAUCCACAGCCUUGUUCAUCGGCUUCCAGAGAAAAAUAGGCAGAUGUUACAGCUUCUUAUGAACCACUUAGCAAAUGUUGCUAACAACCACAAGCAGAAUCUGAUGACUGUGGCAAACCUCGGGGUAGUAUUUGGACCCACCCUCCUGCGGCCUCAAGAAGAAACAGUGGCAGCCAUCAUGGAUAUCAAAUUUCAGAACAUUGUCAUUGAGAUCCUCAUAGAAAAUCAUGAAAAGAUAUUUAACACCGUGCCUGACAUGCCUCUCACCAACGCCCAGCUGCACCUGUCCCGGAAGAAGAGCAGUGACUCCAAACCUCCGUCCUGCAGUGAGAGGCCCCUGACGCUCUUCCACACUGUGCAGUCCACAGAGAAACAGGAACAAAGAAACAGCAUCAUCAACUCCAGUUUGGAAUCUGUUGUCUCAUCAAAUACAAAUAGCAUCCUUAAUUCCAACAACAGCUUACAGCCCAACAUGAACUCCAGUGAUCCCGACCUGGAUGUGCUCAAGCCCACACGGCCCAACUCACUCCCCCCGAAUCCAAGCCCAACUUCACCCCUCUCGCCAUCUUGGCCCAUGUUCUCGGCGCCAUCCAGCCCUAUGCCCACCUCAUCCACGUCAAGCGACUCAUCCCCCAUCAGCACACCGUUCCGGAAAGCCAAAGCCUUGUAUGCCUGCAAAGCUGAACACGACUCAGAACUCUCAUUCACAGCAGGCACAGUCUUCGAUAAUGUUCAUCCAUCUCAAGAACCUGGCUGGUUGGAGGGGACUCUGAACGGAAAGACUGGCCUCAUCCCUGAGAACUACGUGGAGUUCUUCUAACCAUGGGCCCCGGCUGAACUGCUGAGCUUUCCAUGGUAUCCAUGACAACUGCUGAUUCCAAUGUUGGAGGCCACUUCUCUUUGCCACUGAGAAAUGGAGGGUGACUGACUCUGCUGCUCCCUGUCAAUACCAAUGUUUCUGUGAACAUUGGUGUCACCCAGCCUCAUAAUCAUCUCAGCUGACAUGUGGUGACACUGCCAGAAUCAGAAGUAAAUCAGCAGACGGCCGUUUGAUGUUGAUAACAGAGAGAAAGGUUUGCAAAACCAUUUCUCUUACUUAGCAUCUGAACUGGGAGAGUUCAUUCUGUCUCAGUAGUCAUCCAAAUCCCCAUCCUCCUGAAAAAGGAAGUAAGUGAGAUGUAAGUUGUCCCCCAAGAGCUUGCAGUAUAGCUGAAUCUGACAGGGCUGGGCAGUUGCUCUCAGACCUAAGCUGGGCCUACUGCUCUUGUUUACAGUGGACACUCUUUCUACCCCACCUCUAAAUACUUGAGACCCACAGCACUACAGAGGAUGGGCCUACUUGUUUGCAUGCAGGAUGGAGAGGGGUUAUAGCACUGUUUACAUAAGAUCCAAUCUCUCACCAUCUCUGAAGCAGCCGUUGGCCCAGCAUCAGCAGAAUUCAGUCCAGUCCUCUCAUGCAAGGGAAUGCACACACCCCACAUAACGCCCCCCCCCCCCAAGCUAGGAACUUCUCUGCCACUGAGGGCUGCUGUCACCCAGUAACCAUGGAAACUCAACCUACUCUAAAACCAAACCAAAAAAUGAUACACUCUUUGCAUGACAUAUUUUUUUCUUAUCCACCCCUCCCCACACUUCUUUGUGGUAGUUUUUUGAAUGGGUUUCUAACAACCUAAACUAGAAGAUUAAGGAAUUGGAAUGGUCUACUUGGGGCAAACAGAAGAACUACUAUUCUCUUCUGAGGAAUUUCAGCAGCACCAGGAUAUAUUUGGAGCAAACUCUAGUAACCUCAAAGGUAAAUUAUGUACAGGCUUAAUAUUUCUAUCAUUUCAUGCCAUCAGUAUUUGCUUUCUAGAAGGCAGUCUCCUGCCUUCCAUGGGUGACACCGUCCCUUUGACUCAUUCCCUCAUCACCUCUCAUUCACCUGCCCUGUUCCCUGCCAUUGCCUGCCUCUAGCUCAACACUGACCAAUCUCUUGGCUGUGAUCAGGGCUGCUGAGCACAGCUGCCCUGGAGUUUUCAGAGAGGAUUCCUGGGUUAAUCUAUGGCCUGUUGUUUGAAAGGAUAUGUAUAUGUUCCACCGCUGCAGUUCAGAAAAAGGAAGUUGUUUGUUAGGCUCUGAGAAAACAAGACUGAUAGUAUCAGCCAUUGCGAUUCAGGAAGGCACCAGAAGAUGGGGGCAUGAGAGGGAGAAUAGAUAGCUUCUGAGAAAGCAAAUUUCCUGGUCCAAAAGGGGCUUGGUUUUACAGGAGACACCACACUGGGUAAUUUUGGCCUGGACAUUUCAAAUUCACUUGACCAACUAAGAAUGGAGUCCUCAGUAUCUUCUGCAAUCUAAUGCCCUUUCAAGAGAGACUCUGAGUCCACAAUACACCACAAACAGAUGGAUUGUCAAGCUCCCCAGGAACUCCUGGGGAUGGCAACACCACUCCAGAGAGUGUUUCCUGUUUCUGGCAUUCCUCCUUAGGGAACUUUAAAGAGGAAAAGAAAAACUUGAAUUGUGUUGAAUUACUGUACUUUUACAUUUUUUUGAAAAGAUAAAUUUGUAAAUAGAGUGAUUUGAAAUACUAUAUGGCAAAGUUCUAUAUUUGAUAUUCUUUCAGCUAGUUGCUCCACACAUUUAAACUUUGAUUGCUAAACGGUAAUAAGAAUGAGAGCAGAAGCAAGGUUGAAGAGGGUCAGGAUCAUCCCCUCUGGCCUUGAGGAAGGAGAAGAUAUUUCUACAAACUGGUUCUUGUUGGUGGACACGGCACAUGGAUGGUCUUCAGUCUUCUUUAUCCAGAUGCAUUUUAGAGCAUUUUUUGGGCUUUGGAUUUGAAGAUGGAAAGAACACGUAAGUUCAAGCAGUGAGUUUUUCAAAGAAUUCCUACUUAUUAGCAAGAUGAAGCUCAGGAUUUAAAAUAGGUGGGGCAAGGGUUAGAUUUUUUUUUUCAUUUUUUUCUUCUCAGGUGUAUUUCUUGGUACCCUAAGAUAUCAAGACAGAAGGAGAUGGGAUAAUUGUGUGCUCCUUACAGCUAACUCUUUGCGUAUCUUCAAAGACUUUAUAAUUGAGGCCAGGCCAGUUUGCAAGUUGUGUAUAUGUCUAACUUCUAAGAAAAACUGGCUUCUUAGGAUCUCUAGUUCUUGAUCUGCUGCUGUUUCCCUUUCCCCUAAACAUGCUUAUGCCCUUUAUGUUCAUCUCAGAUUUACUAUAACCCCCAAUUAAGAGGGAAAGCCCCCAAAAGAGGGAUGGAGAUUGUACUUUAUAGCUGUAUAGGUGGUUUUAAAUUUAUAGGAGUCUAUCAUUGUGAUUCAGAUCCUGAGCUCAGGAUAAUACACCUCUUAUCAAGGGAUUCAAGGAGCAAGGGAGACAUUACCACUGGAUCAGGAAACAAGAAUUCAAAAUGUACAAGACCAAGGUAGUACUCAGGAAAGCCAUCAAGGAAAAUGCAAAGUGAAAGGUGCCAUAUGAACAGGCUUCACCUACUUCCUGUGGACUUCAAAUAGCUUGGGGACCUGUUCCGUGGUCAUGGAGAGAAGCACACUCACUUGUCAUUGUGCUUUCCAGAAGAAAUAAUGAAACAUAAUUCUUUUACACUUUUGACUUUGUGAAUAGUCACCUGCCCCCUGAGAACCUUCACUGGGCAUACAUAGAAGACUCCUCACUGAAGCAUACCUGUGGACACUUGGCUACAGCUUGACCACUUGGAAGCAAGUUGCGCUCUCCACAGUUGGCCCUGAUUUGAAGCCAAUGGGAAAUAGAGUUGCUGCCAAUGGGAAUAUUUAGGCCGACCCCUUCCCAGCCAGGCUGAGCGAGUGACAGAUGGCUCUGCUUCCCUUUCCCCAGCCAGCUCACCUCCUCCCUGUUAGCUACAGAACUGGAGCAACUGUUCAGAACAUGAGCCAACAAAUAGGAAGGAACUUGAAGACUAAAAUUAGAUUUUGCCCUCUCCACUCUCUGUGCCCCAAUCUUCAACUCCCUGGGUUUGAAUAGGGAACUUUGGGGCAGAUUAGGGGAAUGGCCUGGGUAUCAGAGUGGAAGGCUAUUUCCAGGAACCCUGAGCUUUCCAGGAACAUUGUGUUUCCUUUGUAAGGUCCUGGGAUCGGUUAGAUAUAUAUAGCCUAAAUCUUUGGGGAGUAUUAAGAUCUAUCUCUCAAUACUCCACAUAGUCACAGAAUUCUAUAGCUAAACAAUGCCAUGCUAUGAGAGAAUAAUUAGUAUGGAAUCCAACCCGACUAGUAAAUUCCUGACUUGCCCAAGAAUAAUGAAGUCUUUUCCAAAUUUACAUGUAAACAAAUAGGGAUGGCCUUUUAUAGCACAGCUUCCCUAGUACCCAAGAAUUGGCAUCAGUUUUUAACUUAAUGUUUUAGUAUUUCUAUAGCCAACAUGUGUUUUCUUCCAUUAGAACAAACUGUCUUUUUCAACAUAAUUUCAGCUCAUCCCCUUUUGGUGAGUACUUUUGGGUUAGAGGGGCAAAGAGAAAGUGAAAAUGAGCAGGCAGGUAUUAGCAAACUGACAUUUGACAGCCAUAAGCCCUGCUAAUGACAGGCUUCACCAGGACUCUGGCUGUGCGAUAUCUGCGGCUAAAAGGGAAGUUCUAUAAGUUGAGUUUUCUGAGAAGAUCUAGGAAACAACAACCCCCAUGACAUCAAAAUAUCUGUCCUGAGAAGAGAGGCUUGAAAAGCACACCUGAUUGAUGAGUUGGAUGCUGAAAUAAUUAGCUACAUUUGACUACAUACUCAUGACUGUCUGUAGGUGCCUUUCAUCCUCUGGCUUCUGUUUUCAAAAUCAAGUCUGGCACACCCAGUUUUAUAGCCAUAGCACUCCCAGGUACCCCCAAAGGCCACUGCAGCAUGGAGAGUUUGCUCUGCUAUCAAGUGUUCUAUGAGCAAUCAUCUGCUCAAGUAGACAUUGAAGAACCAGACAGCAUGUGAAGAACCAGACAGCAUGUUUGUUACUUUGCCUUGGAAUGUCCUAGGUUUUCUAUCUGGGGAGCUGUUAUCUCUGGCAAACUUGACAGUAAUCAAUUACCUAGACAGCCCUACUUUACAUCUUUUUUAAGUCAACUGGGUGUCCCCUCACACACCCUGUGCUGGUGUUUGAAAAAUUUAUCUUGUUUUUCUCAAAUGUGUUUGACAGCCAUGCUGAUGUGCUGGGUGCCGAACCACUUCUCUGUAAUUGUAGCAUCAAAAUGACAACAGCAGCAGAGCAGUGAACCUUGCACAAUCCUCUAGCAUGCCUGAGACAAGACUCCAACAAGUAAUAAUUAGCUUUUUUCCUACUUUACCGCCUACAGUACUUGUCUUAAGAGCUUCCCAAAGCAGAGCAAGCGGCCAUAAUAGAGAAUCUAGACAUCCCUCAGAACCAACCCUUGCUGAAUAUGCUCUCUUCGUGCAAGUACCUAUAUUCUGGAGAGGAAAAAUGUUGGUUGUAAAGUAAUACUGGAACAAAGAGAACGAUACUAAGUAACUUUGGAAUUUUUUUUUUAAGAGAGAUAAAUGUAGCUCAUAGUUUGGGGGUAAAGUCUGUCAGAAAAAAAUGCACAACUGUUAUUUUUAUUAAAGUUUUACAGAACACUACUGUGGAAAGUGGAAAGACUUGACAUAGUCAGAGACCAUGUAAGGGUAGCAUUUAGAAUGAUGUCAAAAUUCCCUUCAGUGUAGUUAGUGAUAACUAGAUUAUUUAUCAUCAAGAUGUCAGAAUUACCUGGAGCAGUUCUGAACAGACUGAGACAUUCGACAGCAUUCAAUAGUGGUCAUUUCUACAAAGUCAUCCAGAAAGACACCUGCAAGCAGCUUCCUUGGGUAUCCAGGUGCCAGGGUCAAUCGUGUACCUUUUCGAAGAAGUUCGUCUAAUGAUCCUGAAGUAUAUAUGUAUGAUUAUGUGUUUGUGUAUGUGUAUGUACAGUGUGCAUUGAUAUAUGUACAGAUGUAGACUGUAGAGACCCACAUAAGCCAGCAGCUGGUGAAUCCUUAUAGCCUUUAAGAUUCAGAGGCUGAGAAUUAGAAAAACAAGACAGGCUGUUGAUUAACUAUCAAAAUAAAGAUAUAAAUUAAGUGCCACUUUACAACUUUGUUCAUAUUUAUCAGAGUUACUAUCUACAUCUGUAUUCCUUAUUAACUUAUUAAAAUUCAUGUUGAAAAAGAUCAAGUUCAUAUACCUUUAGUAGCUAAUAUUAGGCUAGUGUUCACAAGCACUCUAAAGACAUUUUAUCUGUAUUUUGGAGAAAAAAAUUUGCAUGUUUAAUUCAUAGUUUAGGCUACCUUUGAGUAUACUGUAAAGUGCUGUGUGAUAUCUUAUCAAUAAAGUACUUAUAAAAUGGCACUUUGAUGUUUUUCUCAAAACCAUAAAUAAUGCAGUUAUUAAACUUCAGUUCAGUAUUGAAUAUUGACUGGUGUGUAGAAUCCAAUUUCGUAAUUACAAAUCUGCGCUUAGAAUAGAACUUUUUUCCUGUUAUUAGUACAACAGUUUUGCCAUGUUCAGGCUUUAAAAAAAAUAAUUGUGCUUUUGGGUCACUAAGCAUAUCUGUAAUGAGAAUACAAAUUCUGUUGAAUGGCCUCUGAAACUUAGGUUGGUUUAUGUGACAAUCCCUUGAAAUGAAUGGAAGUAUGAUUUUUGAAUUAAAUGACUUUUCCAUGUGA